CGAGCAGCUGAUCGAGUUCACGUGGGGGCUGGCUAACAGCAAGCAUGAUUUCUUGUGGGUGAUCAGACCUGACCUCGUGAAAGGAGACACAGCCGUGCUUCCACAAGAGUUCUUGAACGAGACCAAGGAGAGAGGUCUGCUAGCGAACUGGUGCCCCCAGGAGGCGGUGCUCUCACACCCGUCCAUCGGAGUGUUCUUGACUCAUAGCGGAUGGAAUUCGACGCUGGAGAGUAUAUGCGGUGGAGUGCCGGUGAUAAGCUGGCCAUUCUUUGCUGAGCAGCAGACCAAUUGCAGGUAUGCCUGCACGGAGUGGGGCAUUGGAAUGGAGAUUGACAACAACGUAAAGAGAGGGGAUGUGGAGAGGUUGGUGAGGGAGUUGAUGGUAGGGGAGAAGGGAAAGGAGAUGCGGAGGAGGGCGGUGGAGUGGAAGGAGAGUGCAACCAGAGCAACGCAACCAGGUGGCUCCUCUUUUCAGAAUUUCGAGAGGUUGGUUAAGGAGGCACUGCUUUGAAGAUGUGUUCGCAUAGAUUAAAGUAGCCAGAUAUAUGGAACUUGGAGUAACGGAACAGUUUGUUCCCUGUGGUCGUAAUAUGGACAAUAAAAAACUCUGACGCAUGCUCUGUUGGUAGCGUAGAAUUUAAUAAAAAAAA